CCCAACAAAUCGACAAAUGAUAAGAUUAAGGGGCCUUGUCUUCUUGGAUAUAUCUGUCUCUCGCUCAAUAACCAAUGACAUUAAGAUGCACUUUACAGCUCCAUGGAAAACUUGGGCAGAAAUACCCAUCAAGAUGAAGGAUGAGCUAUUUGGAAAAUUUCAAGGUCGUUACAUGUGGGAUGAAACUGAAGAGCAGAAUGUGCGUCUUGCUUGGGAUAAGCUUGGGAAGGAUAGAUUUCGUGAUAUUCUUAACAGAGCUAGGAAUGAAAUGUUGGUGAAGCACAAGAAAAGUGAUAUUGCUUAUUUGCACAAUCUAGGACCAAACUGGAUGAAAGCAGAGGUGUGGAAUGAGCUUGUUGCUUAUUGGAGUUCUCCAGAGUGGCGAAAGAAGUCACAAUCUGCUAAGAUUAAUAGAAUGACAGUAAAAGAUGGGUCAAUUACAAAACAUGCUUGUGGUUCAAUCAAAAUUGAGAUUCAUGAGGAUCGAUUGACAAAGAAGUUAGGUAGGCCACCAAAUAAGAUUGAAGUAUUUCGAGCAACUCACACCAAAAAGGGUGUUGAUGGUGUAUUCAUUGAUGGCAAAUCACAACGGGUCGAUGAAGAUUAUGCAAGUGCAAUUGUGGAGAAAUAUGGUUCUAAUUCUGAAUCCCCACCAAUAUUUGAUAUGGAUAAGUGGAUAGAAAUAUCUGGAGGGUUUAAUAAAGGAAGGGUGUAUGGUUUUGGGUCUUCUGCAAAAUCUCAAACAAGUGGAUCAUCUACCUCUCAAUCAUGCACAUCUGCUUAUCCUGGGUCAUCUUCUCAGCCUGCGAUGACACAAGAGGAAAUUCAACAACUUAUAAAUGAAAAAGCAUCACAAAUGAGGGCAGAGAUGGUCAAAUACUUGAUCAAAGUAAAGGAGUUAAAGACCACAGUGGUACUCGCUUGCAACAUCUUCACAUCCAACCACUUCACUUAUAAAUCCAUAGGAUAA